GACAAUUUUUCGCCCUCGCUGGGCGCUUCUGAGGAUCAGUCUUCUCUAGCUGUUGCAUUCAAAGCAAGGAAACUAAUAUGGCUGAAAUGGUUCUCAGUUUUGCAACAGAGGAAGUAUUGAAGAAGGUGGGUUCACUGGCGUCUGAAGAAAUGAAGCUUGCGUGGGGUUUCAAGGGCGAGCUCAAAAAUCUUGAAGGAUCGCUGAAAAUGAUUCAAGCUGUACUGCGUGAUGCCCAGAAACGGCAAGUGAGGGAAGAGACUGUUCAAAUUUGGCUCCAGGAUCUUGAAGGGAUAGCUUAUGAUGCGGAGGAUGUGCUGGAUGAGUUCUCGUACGAGAUGCUCCGACGUCAGGUAGAGAUUCAAAACCGAUUUAUGAGGAAGGUAUGCAACUUCUGUUCGCUCUCUAGCCCCAUUGUGUUCCGAAUCAAGAUGGGUCACAGAGUGAGGAAUUUCAAUAUCUCACUGGAAAAAUCUAUGAACAGAGCGAUUAGCUUUGGGCUUAGACCGAUGUUAUCUAUAGAUCCAAUUUCUCAAACAAGAGUGAGUCGAGAGACCGACUCCUCCGUAGAUGAUUCAAAAUUUGGAAGGGAAAAUGAUGUAUUAACCAUAGUAAACGAGGUGACUAGCUCAUGCAGUAAUGUUAUCUCUGUAAUUCCAAUAGUGGGUAUGGGAGGCAUGGGAAAGACUACUCUUGCUCAACUAAUCUACAAAAAUGAGCGAGUAAAAGAACAUUUUGUGGUAAGAAUUUGGGUAUGUGUAUCUCAAAAUUUUGAUGUCAAAAGGAUUCUAAAAGAGAUUUUGGAAUCUCUUACCAAGGAUACUUGUGGGAUUGAAAAUUUGGGUACCAUCCUUGAAAACAUUAAGGAUAAGUUGGAAGGGAAAAUGUAUCUUCUCCUACUAGAUGAUGUUUGGAAUGAAGAUCCAAGUAGGUGGGAAAAUUUACGAAAUGGUCUAUCGGAAAAAAAUUGUUGGGCGAUAUUUGAGCGAAAGGCAUUUGUAGAUGGUGGAGCACUGAAGACUCAAGAUUUUAUUGAUAUAGGAAGGGGUAUUGUGAAAAAAUGUGGGGGCGUGCCACUAGCAGCAAAGGUGCUGGGAGGGAUCAUGCAUUUUAAGAGGGAGAAGCAAGAGUGGUUGUCCAUUUUGGAAAGUGAAACAUGGAAUUUACCAGGAAGUGAGGAUGGGAUCAUACCAGCAUUGAAGUUGAGCUUUGACAAUUUGCCAUCGGCUUCUUUGAAACAAUGCUUCGCAUACACUGCAAUUUUCCCCAAGAAUUCUCGCAUUAAGAAAGUAAAGCUAAUCCAACUAUGGAUGGCUCAAGGAUUUCUUCAGUCAUCUCAAGAGUGCAGUUUGGAGAUGGAAGACAAAGGUAAUGAGUACUUCAAUGUCCUGUUGCAGAAUUCCUUGUUUCAAGAUGUUGAAAGGGAUAAAUAUGGGGAUAUCAAAACAUGCAAGAUGCAUGAUCUUGUGCAUGAACUUGCACAAUCUGUUUCCAAAUCUGAAAUCCUGGUUUUGGAGGAUGGAUAUCAGGGGAAUGAAAUCCCUGCAGUACGGCAUUUAUCAUUGACACGCUAUGGAGAAGGGAAGCACAUAGUUGGGAAGGACAAUGUUAAGAAAUUACGCACCUUAAUUUUAUCAAGGGUUGUUAAUGUUUCUGAUGAGGUGCGUGUUUACACAAAAUGCUUGAGAGUUUUAGAUUUAAGCGGGAGUAAAAUUAGUAGUGGACUUGAGGUGCUGCCAGAUUCUGUUGGGAAGUUGAAACAUUUAAAGUACCUCGAUGUCUCCGAUACUAAAAUUGUAAGGUUGCCGGAUUCAAUUACCAAGCUAUACCAUCUGCAGACGUUGAAUAUGGAGUACUGUCGUAUGAUGCAGGAGCUACCAAAAGAAAUGAGAACAUUAAUCAACUUGAGACAUUUGGGACUUGACCUUUACAAUGCAGAGGGAAUAAUGAAGGAUGGACAGAUUGAGAUGAGGCGGUUAAUUCAUUUGCGGACAUUACCAGCAUUUGUGGUGGGUCGGAGCAGGGGAUGCCGAAUUGAAGAGCUGGAGCCCUUGAACCGGUCUACAGCAUGUGAGGGGUAAGGAAGAAGCUAAGAAGGCAAAUUUUGCAAAUUUGAAGGGAAAGAAAAACAUUGAAACAUUGGUGCUUCCAAGGUGUAAUGAUGAUGGUGGUCAUGGUGAUAAUGAUGAUGGGGUGCUGGAAGGGCUGCAACCACACUUGGAUCUGAAGCGGUUUAAAAUUGAAAGAUUUGGGGGUAUUGCUGUGUCACCAUCGUGGAUGGCGAAGUUGUUGAAUCUUCAGGUGUUGGAGAUAGAGGAUUGCCCUAUAUUGAAAACCAUUCUUCCCCCGAAUUUAGAGGGCUUCCCGUCCUCUCGUCAGCAGCUGGUAGUCCACAGCUGUAAAGAAUUGACUACUCUGCAAUUCUGUACGUCGCCCAUGACAUUAAACGUAUGAAAUUGCCCAAAUCUGGAAUCUAUGCCGGCUGAUUUACUAAAAUUGCACUCCCUCUCAGAUUUAAGAAUUUGGCAGUGCAAAAGAUUGAGUAGUUUGCCGGAAGGGCUAUUGUGCUGCCUCCCCGACUUGAAGAGACUAGUGAUCGGAGGGUUUAAUGAGGAGCUGGAUAGUUUCCCCUCACUUCUCUGCAGCACUAGCCACUGUCACCACCGAUCCCAGCCUGAAGAACUACGUCUGUGGGGUUGGCCUAAGCUCAAGUCUCUGCCCAACCAUAAACAGGAACAACUUCUUCUUCCCCGCCUCUCUUCCCUUCACUACAAUUUCUCGUGAUUGUGGAGUUCUGGUGGUUUGGAAGCUCUGCCGGAGUUGCUUCCGAAAAAUCUUUGACGUCUAUAUCUUGAGCGCUGCGAAGACAAUGAAGCAUCUGGUGGAAUCCGUGCGAAGCGUCGCCAAAUCAAGAAACUUGACUGUUGAUUACUGGCCAUUGCGAAAAAAUUGUCUACUGAGUAUCAGUCUGCUAAUGAAACAAAACCACUUGCUCAAAAUCAAAUGGAGCCUUGUUUGGUUUA